AUGUCCAAAUCCACAAUUGCACUCAUCGCCGCCGUCAGCGCUGCUACAGGAGCAGGUUUAACAGCAGCCAUGAUCUCAACACGUUCCGAAACGAAGAAACAAUUAGAAACUCCCUCCGUUGCCGUAUCAGCAACAUCCACCAACGCCGUCCCAUCACCAAUACCCGCGAGUCUUCCCCAGGCAAUACCAAUCGGCGCAAAGGGGACAUUGGUGAUUCCACCCGUUGACCCCGCAGGUCUUUUCCAAUAUGGGUUCCCGGGUCCUGUAGCGGAUCUCGCAACCCGCGCAGCUUUAGUCUCGUCCUACGACCGAAGAUUAAGGAAUCCCGCGUGGGUAGCUGAACACAUCACGCCCGAAUCGCUCGCCAUUUCCGAAGGCGACCGAAAACACAGCUCCUUCGUCGAAGACCACGACGUACCCGAGAAGUUCCGCGGCAAACUCAAGGAUUACUUCCGCUCUGGCUACGAUCGAGGACAUCAGGUGCCCGCCGCGGACGCGAAAUGGAGCCAGGAGGCGAUGAACGAUACGUUCUUCCUGUCGAAUAUGUGUCCGCAGGUGGGCGAGGGCUUUAAUCGGGAUUACUGGGCUCAUUUCGAGGAUUUCUGUAGACGACUUACGAAUAAAUAUCCUAGUGUGAGGAUCGUGACUGGACCUCUAUACCUCCCCAAGAGGGACACGACGGAUGGCAAAUGGCGCGUCUCGUACGAAGUCAUUGGCAACCCACCGAACAUCGCCGUGCCUACCCAUUUCUACAAAGUCAUUUUCGCAGAAGACGGAACGAGUACAGGCCAAGUCGCCGUCGGAGCCUUCGUGCUACCCAACGCCGUGAUCCCGAAUAGUAAACCCAUCACGGACUUCGAGGUCCCCGUCGAAGCCGUGGAGCGCGCCAGUGGAUUGGAGUUCGCGACGAAACUCCCCGUGCAGAGGAGGAAGAGGCUUUGUGCGGAUACGAUGUGUGCGUUGAUUAUCAAGGAGUAUGCGGAUAAGCAGAAGGCUUUUGCGAAGACGCCUACGCGGUCCAGUCCGAGGAAUAAUGCGAUUGCCAAUGUUGCCUAG